AUGUGGCCAUUCAACCGCCCAAAGUAUUCUUCUAUUAUAAUACUACUCUUCUACGACGCAUGGCUCAUGAACAUUGGGAAUCCUUACUUUUGGCGUUGUUCUACACAUGACGUAUUGGUACCCCUUUACAGGCGCAAUGUGGCCCUCAACCAUUGUGAUAUCGGAUGUGGUACCGGUUACUAUCUUGUCCAUAACUCGUACUACCAUAACAGCACAGUGACCCUGCUCGACCUGGAGCCAGACCCAUUACACGUGGCAAAGGCGGGUCUUGAGAGAGUACACAAAGACUUGAAUAUACAAAUUCAGCAACACGAUAUAUUGUCGCAUGAUCCAAUUCCUCUUUCGUAUCAAUCUCAGUCUACAGCAUCGGAGAAAUACGACUCGGUUUCACUGACGUACCUUUUGCACACGCUCCCUGUUCCUCCCUCGGAGAAGAUCAAAGUAUUUUCUAAACUCAAGAAAGCUAUUAAAUCUUCAGGGGUGGUAUUUGGCGCGACAGUUUUGGGGCCCAGUCCAUGCCAUAGCUUGGCUGCACGCAUCUUAUUAUGGAUACUAAACUUGGAGAAAAGACUUUCAAAUUACGCUGAUGGGGUGGAUAUUUUUGUUUCUGGGCUUGAAGAACAUUUUGCUGAAGUCAAAGCUGAGGUUGUGGGAUCUGUAUUGAUUUUCGAGGCAAGCGUCCCUAAGACAUGA